AUGAACUACGUGAUCGUAGGUGGUGGGAUUGCUGGUGUGUGUUGUAUGAGACGUCUUUCGGUAUCACUACUCAGUGAUGAUAACAUCAUUUUGAUCUCUGCUAGUAAACGGGUGAAAACAGUGACAAAAUGGAGAAUGGUCGGCCAGUAUAGCGAGCAAUUCGUUGUGAAAGAAGACAACAUUGAGUCGGAUGAUCCUCGUUUCAUCUUCAUCCAAGCUGAAGUUGUACGAUGGGACUACAAAAAUAAGGAAUUGUUCCUCAGCGAUAGAACCGAUGCGGUGAAGUAUGACAAGUUGUGUAUCGCCACGGGUGCACUUCCAGUCACACCUUUUGUCAAUGAUAAG